ACUGAAAUCGAACUGUAAUGCGUCCUCCUUCCUCUAAGUCGCAGUACCUACGAUUUAAAUUUAAUUCAAAGUGUUUGUCAGUGAAGCGAGCAAGAAUAUCAUAAACAUCAACAGUCUGCAGUGAUUCCUUCUCAUUUGACCCAGAAACUUGAGUAGUAGUGGGAGCGGAGGGGCGUUGGAAGAAAAUGGACCAGAGAGCUUGGAAGAACCCAUAUGCAGACUAUGAUGGGAACCCUGCAUCUGUGCAAGAACUAUUUGAUUCACAGGGAAAGCUCACAGCAGAGUUUGCAGGGCGGCUAAGCAAUGCCAUCAGUCAGCUUUUGAUGCAUAUGGAAAAUGGACUCAAGUCUGCCGACCCUAGAGACUGCACGGGUUAUACCGGCUGGGCGGGCAUCGCCCUGCUUUACCUGCACCUCCACGGCGUGUUCGGGGAGCCCUCCUUCCUGCAGAAGGCCCUGGACUACGUGGGCCACAGCCUCACGUGUCCGACACGGCGGCGCGACGUCACCUUCCUGUGCGGUGACGCCGGGCCUCUGGCCGUGGCCGCCGUGGUUUACCACAGGGUACAGAGGGCGCAGGAGUCAGACGAGUGCCUCAGCAGGCUUCUGCAGCUCCACCAGUCGGUAGUGAUGGGCUCCGGGGCCAGCGGGCUCCCCGACGAGCUGCUCUACGGCCGGAUGGGCUACCUAUAUGCCCUGACGUUCAUCAACCAGCAGUUUGGCCACGACAAGAUCCCCAUCCAGUACAUCCAACAGAUCUGUGAGGCUGUGUUGAUAUCGGGAGAAGGUCAGUCCCAGAGGUUCCGUUGUCAGGAGCAGAGCCCUCUGAUGUAUGAGUGGUACCAGGAGCAGUAUGUUGGCCCUGCCCACGGCCUGGCAGGCAUCUACUACUUCCUCAUGCAGCCCGGCUUUGUGGCGGGAGAGGAGAGGGUCCACAGGCUGGUGAGGCCCAGCGUGGACCAUGUCUGUCGACUCCGCUUCCCUACAGGGAACUACCCGCCCUGCAUAGGGGACAACAGGGACCUGCUGGUGCACUGGUGUCAUGGAGCCCCGGGCGUCAUCUACAUGCUGCUGCAGGCGUACAAGGUGUUCGGGGUGGGCCAGUACCUGGAGGAGGCUCUGCAGUGCGGUGAGGUGGUAUGGCACAGGGGCCUGCUGAAGAAAGGCUACGGCCUGUGUCACGGCGCCGCUGGGAACGCCUACGCCUUCCUGGCCCUCUACAAGCUCACCCACGACCCAAAGCACCUCUACAGGGCCUGCAUGUUUGCUGACUGGUGCAUGAACUACGGUAAACAUGGCUGCAGGACUCCGGACACUCCCUUCUCCUUAUUUGAAGGAAUGGCUGGUACCAUCUAUUUCCUGGCAGACCUGCUUCAGCCCCUGAAAUCAAAGUUCCCAGCCUUUGAGUUGUAAAAGGUAUCUGCGCUUAGCCCUGCCUACUGCUCUGGAAACUAUGAUAGACAUCCGAGCACCUAUUCUCUGUUUCAAACACACGUACUGUACGCACACACACACACAAGCACGCGGACGCGUAAAGACAUACAAACAUACACACACAAGCAAACAGACAUUGAGAAACACAGGCAUAUACACCGCAGAGUCACCUCAGCAGGUGAUAAUCAAGAUGACUCUUCCCAUCACAACAAAAUCUUCCCACAGAGUCUCUCCUGAUUGGCUGAACGUUAACUUGUGUGGUCAGCUGACUGUGGUGUAGGGAGGGAGACAAGGGACAAUCAGAGCAAGGGUGACAUUUUGCACGAGCAGAUGACGGCAAGCAAAAGAACCAUACGAUUUCAAAUAGAUGUGAGGGCAAUUUAUCCAAUGUGAACUCUAAGUACUUCUACUCUCAAUUGCAUUUGCGUGUAUCUAAUGCAUUGCUUCAUUGACCUAACUCUGGCUACAUUUUUGCCUUUUUACCUUGUUAAAAAGUAACCAUUAAAUCACACUUUAUAAUGAGUUUUUAAUGAGUUUUAUGGUGUUCUUUGCACAGGUCUCUAUGCUUUAUUUUUUUUUGUGCGAGGAGAAUGUUGGCUCUGGUAAAAUGUGCAUGGUGCAUGGAGGUGUGCACUGAAUCCUACUCAAUAUGUCUUGUCUGUACUUGGGGCUUAGGCACAGAGAACCACCUCAACUGGUUUUCGGAUUGUCUGUAUCCAUUCAACAUUGGCUUUUCAUGGAUUUAGAUGAAGUUCAUGACUUCAGUUCACCUGAUAUUAUAUUGACCACGAUUGCUUGCUCCUGCCCGAGUCUGUUCGGAAGCUGGCCCUCCCAACCCUGGAUCAAAAACACUCCUUUGGCGACCCAGGGUUCGAGUCCGGUUGCAGCUUCUCCUGUCUAAGCCCCUGUCGUGUCUCCCUCUCUCCAGCUUCCCGAUGUACUGUCUAUGAAUCAAUAAAAAAAAAAUACCAAGGGGAUCGGGAGUACCCACCGAUCACCAAUAAUAAAGGAAAAAAACGAAUAAAAAAAGUAUCUUUGCUCAAACAUUCAUGUUUAUGUUAAUUUUAGAUUUCAGCUUUUUGAAUAACCGGAAUAGUCAUUUCCAGAGGAUUUUUCAUUUUGUUUUUGCAGAUUGUGGCUGCAAUAGAAACUUUGUAGUAAAACUAUUAUAACGUGUGACAAAGUACCACAGUAAAUUGUAUUGACAAUGUUAAGCAUCAUGACAAGUUGUUUGUGUGAUGUAGGCUUGUAACUCUACUGCUCCAACUUCGGUUUCUUCAUUUCCAUUGGCUUAAGAAUAAAACAAGGUAUUUUUUACAUCUCCUCACCAUGUCUGUUACCUUUGCUAUUAAACUAUUAUUCAUCA